GCCCCACUGCCAGCCUUGAAAGGGGCGUGAGGUUAGGGUUGGGGUUGGGGAUGAGGUUGCCACACGUGGCCUGUGGGGGGCUUCAGUUCCCCCCACUUCCCGCUGUUUUACAAGUGAGAAAACAAGGCAAGGAUCACCCAGGGUCAGCACCCAGGGCCCUGGUCUGAGGCCAGUGGCACUGGGCCGGGGCAGGGGAGCCUGGCCAUGUGGAUGAGCCAGAUACAGGCUGCACACACAGCUCUCCGUUUGUGUGGAUGAACAUAGGUGUGUAGAUGUGCAUGUGUGUGGGGAGCCCCCUGAGCUCCCCACAGUGCCUGGGGUCAGCAGCCCGAGAGCCAAUCACAGGUGGAGGGGACACCCCCCCCCCCCGCACGCACACACCUGGUGCAGGCCCAGCUGCCACUGCCCAUUUGGUUAGGCCUUUCCUUUGUGUUUGCAUGGACCCCCUCCAGCCCAGCUCUGAACCCGAGGGAGCUACGUGCACACCGAGUCAGUUGUGCCUGGGCUGGCAUCAGUGAUGUGGCCACAGCUUCCAGGUUCAAGGCCCCUCUAGGGGUCUGCACUGCUCCCAGGCAGCCCCUGCCCCCACCCCAGCUCCAGGGUGGAGAGGCUGCCCCUGCAGCACCCUGGCCCCCUGCCUCCUGUUCAGUCUGCUGUGUUGCUCCAAGAACAGCAGGAGCUGAGGGGCUUGGGCACAGGCAGGUAGCCAGGCCAAGGUCAGCGGCCACUCUGCACCCGCCCAUCAGGUCGCUGUCGGCCAGGGCCUGGGGACGUGACUGAGAAUCCCUCGCACAGACUGUGGGGCCCCUGGGGGCUGGCGGGUGAGGAUGGGAAGGGUUUUGCUAAACAAAUCCUCUGCCCCUCCCCUGGACUGGCUACACCUGAGGCCCUGCCAGGCACAGCACCUGCAAACCGGCUGGGAGCUGCCACCACCAUGCCAGGCCUGACCAUGCUGGGGCUCGGCCUCGCGGCCCUCCUGGGCCUCGGGACAGGGGCCCCCCUGUGCCUGUCCCAGCAACUGAAGAUGCCAGGGAAGUACAUCCUGGGCGGGCUCUUCCCUCUGGGCCUGGCCGAAGAGGACAGCCUCCGUGACCGAGCCCAGCCCCACAGCAUCGUGUGCACCAGGUUCUCGGCCCUCGGCCUGUUCCUGGCCAUGGCCGUGAAGAUGGCCGUGGAGGAAAUCAACAACGGAUCGGCCCUGCUGCCCGGGCUGCGCCUGGGCUACGACCUGUUUGACACCUGCUCGAACCCCAUGGCCACCAUGAAGCACAGCCUUAUGUUCCUGGCCAAGGAGGGCAGCCGGGACAUCGCCGCCUACUGUGACUACACGCAGUACCAGCCCCGCGUGCUGGCCGUCAUCGGGCCCCACUCGUCCGAGCUCGCCCUCAUCACCGGCAAGUUCUUCAGCUUCUUCCUCAUGCCGCAGGUCAGCUUCGGCGCCAGCAUGGAGCAGCUGAGCAACCGGGAGGCGUUCCCCUCCUUCUUCCGCACGGUGCCCAACGACCGCCUGCAGCUGGAGGCCACCGUGGAGCUGCUGCUGGAGUUCGGCUGGAACUGGGUGGCGGCCGUGGGCAGCGACGACGAGUACGGGCGGCAGGGGCUGAGCAUCUUCUCGGGCCUGGCCAACGCCAGGAACAUCUGCAUCGCGCACGAGGGCCUGGCGCCACUGUCCCAGGCGGACAGCCUGCGGCAGGCCCAGAUGACGGACCUGCUGCGCCAGGUCAACCAGAGCAACGUGAACGUGGUGGUGCUGUUCGCCUCGGCCCGUGCCGCCCAGGCCCUCUUCCACCACAGCAUCCGCUACAACCUCUUGCCCAAGGUGUGGGUGGCCAGCGAGGCCUGGCUGACCUCGGAGCUGGUCAUGACGCUGCCCAGAAUGGCCCAGAUGGGCACCGUGCUUGGCUUCCUGCAGCGGGGGGCCCCGCUGCCCGCCUUCCCGCGGUACGUGGAGAGCCGCCUGGCCCUGGCCGCCAACCCAGCCUUCUGUGCCACGCUGGACGCAGAGCAGCCGGGCCUGGAGGAGCUCGCGGUCGGCCCGCGCUGCCCGCAGUGCGACCAGGUCUCGCCGCAGAACCUGUCGGCCUGGCUGCAACAGAACCUGUCGGCCGGGCAGCUGCACCACCAGAUCUUUGCCACCUACGCCGCCGUGUACAGCGUGGCCCAGGCCCUGCACAACACCCUGGGCUGCGACUCCGCCGGCUGCCCCGAGCAGGAGCGCGUGCGGCCUUGGCAGCUCCUGAGAAGCAUGAACAACUUGAGCUUCCGCGCCGCGGGCCUGGCCUUGCGCUUCGACAGCUUGGGCAGCGUGCACAUGGAGUACGACCUGAAGCUGUGGGUGUGGCGCGGCCCGAGGCCCGAGUUCCACACCGUGGGCUCCUUCAACGGGCGUCUCCAGCUGCAGCGCUCGCGCAUGUGCUGGCACACGGGGGACAAGGCGCCUGUGUCGCAGUGCUCCCGGCAGUGCAGGGAGGGCCAGGUGCGCCGGGUGAAGGGCUUCCACUCGUGCUGCUACGACUGCGUGGACUGCAGGGCAGGCAGCUACCGGCAGAACCCAGACGCCACCAUCUGCACCAUGUGCGCCCAGAACCAGUGGUCUCCGGAGCGGAGCACGCGCUGCUUCCCCCGCAGGCCCCGGUUCCUGGCGUGGGGGGAGCCGGCCGUGCUGCUGCUGCUGCUGCUGCUGGGCCUCACGCUGGGCCUCACGCUGGCCACCCUGGGGCUCUUCAUCCGCAGCCGGCGGAGCCCGCUGGUCCGGGCCUCGGGCGGGCCGCUGGCCUGCUUCGGCCUGGCCUGCCUGGGCCUGGCCUGCCUCAGCGUCCUCCUGUUCCCUGGCCGGCCCCGCCCCGCCAGCUGCCUGGCCCAGCAGCCCCUGGCCCUGCUGCCGCUCACGGGCUGCCUCAGCACGCUGCUCCUGCAGGCCGUGGAGAUCCUCGUGGAGUCGGAGCUGCCGCCGAGCUGGGCGGCCCGGCUGCACGGCUGCCUGCGGGGACCCCGGGCCUGGCUGGCCGUGCUGCUGGCCCUGCUGGUGGAGGCGGCGGUGUGCUCCUGGUACCUGGUGGUCUUCCCGCCAGAGGUGACCACGGACUUGCAGGUGCUGCCCACGGAGAUGCUGGUGCACUGCCGCGUGCGGUCCUGGCCCAGCUUCGGCCUGGUGCACGCCACCAAUGCCGCCCUGGCCUUCCUCUGCUUCCUGGGCACCUUCCUAGUGCAGAGCCGGCCCGGCCGCUACAACCGGGCCCGCGGCCUCACCUUCGCCAUGCUGGCCUACUUCGUCACCUGGGUCUCCUUCGUGCCCAUCCUGGCCAACGUGCACCUGGCCCACCAGCCCACCGUGCAGAUGGCCGCCAUCCUCUUCUGUGCCCUGGGCAUCCUGGCUGCCUUCUACCUGCCCAAGUGCUACCUGCUCCUGCAGCAGCCACAGCUCAACACCACCGAGUUCUUCCUGGGAGCCGACACCAGAGACGUGAGAGGCGGGGGCGGGGGUGGGGAGGAGGUCCAGGGAUCCGACGGGUGACCGCCCCCCAGGAACCCACACCCAGCAGCAACCCCCUGACCCCAGUGGCCCCGACUGUGCCCCUGACCCCGGCUUGUCUGCUGACCGUGACCUGAGGCCUGCAGCUCACGUGGCCACAGAGCCAGGCUGUGUCUGUCCCCGGCCUCGCCGAGUCCCACUGCUCUGUGGGGGCCUCUGCAGAGCUCAGGGCAGGGCCAGACCUUUGGAAGGUGAGAGCGGGCAGCACCCGCCUGGCCAUGCCCAGCCCCGUGUCCAGGCACAACAGGAAGGGGAGUUGUCUGGGGAGGUGUGGGCAGGUGCCCAGGGCAGCAGCCAGCCUGUCCUCCUGACCCAGCCCAGGCAGGUAGAAUGGAAUCGUGCCUGCUCCCAGCACCAAGGACAGAGCCCCGGCCGAGCUGGGGUCAGCACCACGGCCAGCGGCGGCCAGGACACCCCCUCCCCCCGGAGCCCGCAGCCAGCACCACGGACAGAAACGCCUGCCAGGACCCCACCGCUGGCAGCACCAGGGACAGAGCCUCGGGGCGGGGGUGGGGGCAGGGCCUCCGUCAGGCCCCCUGCCUCAGCUCCCCACAGCAGCCCGGGCAGCAGAGAAGCGUCAAGGCCACAUGUCAGUCUCAUAAAAUUAAAUGCUUUUUAGUGUUUAAAAUAGCAUUUACACAGAAGCAGCUAUGUGACCCGUCCAGCCGCUGGACAGGUCCGGCAUCUACA